UCGUCGAACUAAAGUACUACUAGAAAGCAAGCUUGCAAAGACAGCCAAAAGUUGCCCCUUGGAAUCGUUGUGGAUCUUGAGCUAUGGCUUCGUCUCUGGUACUAGCGGUGGUGUUUUUGUUUGAUAUCAUUGCUUUUGCUCUUGCUGUUGUUGCUGAACAGAGGAGAAACACUGCCUCAUUACUCCGAAAUGCUGAAGGUAGAGAGUACUGUCAAUAUGAUUCCGACAUUGCAACCGGCCUAGGUGUGGGGUCCCUCUUCAUUCUAGUUUCCUGUCAAGUGAUCAUCAUGGUUGUUACUAGAUGCCUGUGCUGUGGGAAAGCUAUGAGACCCAGUGGAUCCCGAUCAUGGGCAAUUUGCUUAUUCAUCACUACCUGGUUGACAUUCAUUAUUGCUGCUUCGUGCCUACUAGCCGGUUCUGUGCGUAAUGCAUACCACACUAAGUAUCGGGAUCUGAUGGGAGAUAACGCGCCUUCAUGUCAAACGUUGAGGAAGGGAGUGUUUGGAGCUGGAGCUGCCUUCAUUGUUUUGACAGGCAUUGCCUCGGAGCUUUACUAUGUUAGUUUUUCAAAAGCCAAUAAUGGCCCCCCUCCCUAUGCUAGGGACACUGGUGUGAGGAUGACCAGUUUGUAAUGCAUAUAUAUACCACUUCGGACUUUGAUGUGGGGAUAAUCUUUGUAUUAAGAUUGGUUUCCAUGGAUGUGAAAGCCUACUUGUAAAUUAUGAAGCUCGGUUGAAAAGGAAUCGAUUGGUUUCCAUGGAUGUGAAAGCCUACUUGUAAAUUAUGAAGCUCGGUUGAAAAGGACUCUGAUGUCUAGACUUAAGUGUUCUUUAUUUCA